AUGCAGUGGAGUCAACAGUAUCUUAGGGAAUCCUUCUUCUAUCAGUGGCGCCCUCUCACUGAGUGUACUUUGAACCAUCUGUUCUACACCCUCUUGCACUUGGGGGGCUCAGCAGUCUGCCCCAGUCUGCUGUCCUGCUUGCUAUCAAGGACAGUAGUGGAAAGAGUCUGGGGCAAGGCACAUGGAAUCGGGAUGCCUCCUGGACUGUGUACCCAUUUACUUGGCCUCUCUUGUCCAGUGCUCAGUGGCUCUGGGGUAGUGUACCAAGUAUGUGCAGCAACUGCCACCUUUCACCUGCUGCCCAUGCUGCUGGUCCACCUCCACUCCCCUACAAGCCUGCAGGCACAGCUACAUAACAGCUUCUGGUUCCUCAAGCUGCUGUUUCUGCUUGGUCUCUAGGUUCUUGCCGUCUGCAUCCCUGAUGAGCAUGUUUUCCCAGCAUGGCAUUAUAUUGGCAUCUGUGGUGGCUUCAUGUUCAUCCUGCUGCAUCCUAUGUUCAAUCGUAUCACAGCAUUUGCCCGUGGUUGGAACAAGAACUGGCUUCCAUUGUAGGCAGGCAGGUGCAGCCCAAUGAUGCUGGCCGCCCUGGGAUUCUACAGCAUGGCAGGUGUGUCAGCUCUGUCCUUGUUCCAUCACUACACACACCUGCUCAACAAGAUGCUGCUUAGUCUGCACCUUUGCUUGGGCCUCCUCUCCUACCACUCCAUUUCUCCCUGCAUCUGCCUCAGACAACCCCGCUCUGACCUUCUAGAGUCUAUCAGGUGCUACAUCAUAUAUUUGACCUUCUUGGCCCUGCCCAGCCAUCCUCCAGAAAGCGUAAUGACAGAAGUAGGACUUCCCAUACUAAAACCUUUUAUUGUUCCUGCUAACUACCUAGCUCACUGUUCUUGUCUCCCUUCUUAUUGCCUCUUCUCAGUAAUCCUUCAAGGACAGAAUCACACUCUAUGCCUGCCUGGACUAAGUAAAUCGAAACCCCAAACACCAGAUACAUUUCUGGCAGUGCUAAGUGUUGGCAUCAUGUAUGCUUGUGUGCUUUUUGCUUGCAGCAAAUGAAGCUUCCUACCUGCUGGGAUAUUUGGGCCCAUGUGGAUCAUCACCAUUCGGAAACACGCUACCUUUGUUUUACAGAAGCCCACAGUCCUUUUUUGCUGCCCACGAACAGUGGAAGGUGAACUCGGGAGGAGGGGUGGGGCUGCUGGGUCAGCUGACCAAGAGACCUCUCCAGCUCCUCUAGCGCAAGCCCAGCAUCUUCCCUACAGCUACUCUACAUUAAAUGUCUUCUUCCUUGCUUCACUCUAUGUCGUGGUUUCCCUUACUAACUGGUUCAGCUAUGAGGGAGCAGAACUGAAGACGACUUUCCUCAGGAGUAGCUGGGCUACCUUCUGGGUCAUGGUUACAUCAUGCUGGGCCUGUGUACUGCUCUAUCGGGGGCUGCUCCUCGCACCACUCUUUUGACCAUCCAAAACCCUCAGUCUAUCUUCAGCUGACAUUGCAUCAAUAUUGCCAGGUAACAAAUACCCACUCCAGGUAUUUUAAACAAACCAAUUUUUAGUUUUUGUUUGUUUUUUUUUUUUGAGAUGGUGCCCCUAAUUCUGACUCAGAGUAACUGUCUAGUCCAGCAGGUAACAAAGGACAAUGGGCAGUUACCUCCCUUUAAGCUUAAGUCAAUACUAUGUGCCCUAAUGCCCUGGGCAGUCUCUGGUCUCUGACUCACUGGAGCUACUGUUAAGACUUCAUGCUGGCUCAAGAACCUAACUCCCAGGCCAGCAGCUCAGAAACCAUGAUUCCGGCGGACAGUGUGGCACCAGCCCUUUCCUGGUUAAGGCGGGGACAGGGAACCACCACCAGGGACUGAAGACUUAGGUGACUCUGCCCUUCAAGGUAGAAAGGAAAACAAGCAAUUCAGACCUGGGCACGGGGAUGUAAGAAGCCCAGAAACUCCAGAAUGACCCAGGACACAGGAAGAAAGGAGCAAACUACCCUGGGUUUUAAUCCUGAUCUAAGAGGUCAAAGCAAAUGGGAAGACAACUACCACCCUCAUUCCACACGGAAUGACGGAAUGGAAGAGAAUGUGAACACCUGACAACAGCUGACGAUGGGAGGUCAGUGAGCAGCAGGAUCUGGGAGCCAACUUUCAAGCAAGUGAACAAACAGGAAGAAUGAAGACAAGGAGCAUAAGGUAGGUCUUGCAGCCUUCCCUCUUAGGCCCCCAACCUCAUUACUGUGAUGAUGGCCAAGGUCUGGGUGAGGCACAAAAAUCAGAAAGAAGUCCCUAUGGUUCUUAAGAGGGUUCCUCCCUCGCAUUUCCAGAAACCUGCCUGUUGGUCAUAGUAGAAUAAAGGAUUUCUCUGUGAUGU